GUCACAGACGAAGUUCAAGACACCGGGAGUCUUGCAGAGAAGAUCAAGGCUAUGAUGUCCUCGUUACCGCCCUUUCCUACCCUUUCGAAUUCGCCAACACCGAGAGCACUUUCCCCGCCCGGAACCCCCACUAUAGAUCCCGCCGGCCCACCUCCACCGCCGCCUCUGCCACCCAUGCCUGACAAUAGACUAGCAGCGAUGCUUUCUUCACCCGCCAUCAUGAACGGCUCAUUUGCGAAAGGGCGCGAAUCGGUAUGGGCACUACUGGACCGUCUGCGUGCACCUCACCGAAGUGCCGGUGCCCAAGAUGACGCUCGGGAAAAGGUUGCGGAACCAGCGUCAACGUUGGCAGAAUUGCCUGUUGUACAAGAAGAAGAAGAAGAUGACGAUGACAAUUCAUCUGUCAUGUUCUAUGCUCCGUUAUCGCCCACUCCUGAGAGUGAACUGGAGCUUGCCCCGGUAGAGACCGUGGAGGUGGACGAGCGCGGGCGUAUCGUGGAGGUGAUUUCGACACAUGAUCACAAACAUGACAGCGAUGGGGCUACGGGGAACCAGCUACCCGGUGAACCUCAAGAGGCUCAGAAGAGCCGAUUCUGGGAUGGUUGGCCAUUGCCGAGACGAAAGCCACCUGGGGAGACGGCUAAUGGCAAGCUGCGCGAAGUGAAUAUAUGGGUUCCUUCCACGAACAAGAUCUCCUUGGAAGCACGCUGGUGGGGUUUCCGAAUAUAUCUACCUCCACCCGUCCUUGAAGUACUCAGCAACAAGCAACUCGAGGCAGGUAAACGCGCAGCCAUGCUCACAACGGCGCUCCAGUGGAUGGUCAGCCGGAUACCGGUAAACCUGGUACCUGUGCAAUUCCGUCCUGCAGCGAUGAUUUUGAAGCGCCUCAUUCCUUACUUGGGCUAUCUUGGGGGGUUCAUAGCGUGGUCGUGGGGUGGCAUCAAAGCAUUCGAUAAAGGACACGGCGUCAUCCUUUCUGCAACAUGGUUAAUGCCGAUUGCACUCAUCCCAGGGUCAUGGGAAGCAGACGAAAUACCACACCUGUCUGAUCCAGCCGCGUCCCGGCCAGAGGUCCCUCGCACGCCGGCGCCAGCAUCGGCAACUGAUCGCCCCCUGCCACCAACACCCUCACUACAGCAUGCAACUCUCUCUCGAUUCGGCUCAAUCUUUGGAAAAAAGAAAGGAUGAAUACCGUGUUAUAUUGCAUCCUGCAUAUUUGACAUGAAUAACGGUGGGGAGCACAAGAUCGUAUUGUCACAGACAGAUGUACAGUGAUGCCCUGGAGCCGAUACCAUUGAUUUGUUUUGCAGUUGUAAUAUUACAUAGUGCAGUGCAGUAAUCCAAACUCUUCAAAAUGGCGGAACGGAGGCGAGAGCAAGACAGUCGGACUAAGGCCGAUAAGUGGGCAAAGAUGUAUCUCCAACUGCAUCGUGUUCCUGUCUGUGAGAGAAACGUUCCAAGGCACUGCCAGCAACUUGGUCGACGUGGGAAGACGGCGGACUCGGAUUUGGCCAUAGAGGCGCACUAGCUUGCACCGCAUUGUCCUCUGCGCCUGAUAACGGCGGGGCGGAGGGCGCCAAGCCAGCAUCGGCUGUCGAAUCGUCGACAGGUGGGGCGCUCGGUAAUAUGAUCUCUGGUAUCUCUCCUAGGCCUGGAAGCGACGGACCGGUGGUAUAGCCAUCGUCCUCGAACGGUGAUAUGUAGCUCUCUAGCAUCGAUGCUGCGAGCGGACCUUUCUCAGGAAGGGCAGGCCACGCGGACGCGGGGGGCGGUGGAGGGGGGGUAGAAGGGGUAUCUUGCUCGAGAUCGUUGAUGUCUUCAUCAUGCCAUAUAGGCACUGCUGCGACAACUGGAUUGGAUGAUUGGCCUGCAUCCUCCGGGGGUACACUUCGCAUGCGAGAGAAUUCCGCUAGACGCCUCUUAUCGUCUAUCGCAAUGUGGGCUGUAUCCCACCGAUGAACUGGGGGCGAUUCAUCGCCGUGAUGGGCGUUGAAUGGAUUCUCCUCCGUCUGAAGAGAGGGAUGGCCUUCUCGGGAUGACCACGUUGAUAACGCAUCCGCAUUGAGAUAAGCAGGCGGGUUCGAUGAGCGUUGCGCAGUUCUGGAUGCGGGAGUAUCAUCGAAUGAUCGAGACAGCGAAGAAGCCGAUGCUGUUGCAGAGGGAGGAUGACCGUAGAGCGGACUAGAUGUCCGUGAGAGGUUCACGGACGAUCGUCGGGAUGAACGUGCAUCGGAACUGUGCCUGUGUUGCUGCGAAAUAGCAGGCGAUGCUUGCUCGCCAUCCUGUUCUUUGGCCGCGAAAGCAAGACGGCGAGCCCUACGUCGUCGUGCAGAUGUACGCACGUUAGCCUUCCAUCUUGCGGACGCACGCAUCCAUAACUUCUGCGUCGUCCUGGUAUGAUCUAUGCCCACCAUUUCCUCUGCUUCCCGCUCGUAUUUGUCGCGGAGCUUCUGCAUCCUGAUACGCUCCAGGUCUGGGUCCUUCCUGCGUUUCCGGCGUCUUCUCCAUAAGACACAAGUCACGAUAACCGAUACGAUGACGCAGGUCAGGAGGAGCGAUACACUAAUGAUGAUGGCAUUGCGUGGAUCAGGCGCCUUCUUGGACGACUUGGGGGUCCACCCCUUGGGCAAAGAAUCGAAAUCCAGGAUUUUGGUGGGGGUGGAUGUUGGUAAUACACUUGUCGCACUGACGGCGUCAGCGAUGACCGAAAUCGUGGCCGAACAGCUUCCGCACUUCGAGGAACCGUAGAGUUCCCAAUCAUCCGUCCUGUGCCACAAGCCGUCGGUGUUCUUCUGCCAAUGAUCUGGAACGGCAAAGUCGCGCGGUGAUACUGUAGUAGGCGUUUCUUCGUGGUGAUAAUGAUGAUGGAUCCUGUGACCCUCAGACUGGAGCUGCUGACAACUGAAUGACGGUGUCGGCUCUGGAUAGGAUGCCGUUUGUUCGGGGGCUGGUGUCGGCCCAGAGGGAUCAAAGCUGAUGGCUGAUUCGAUGAAGGGGCAGAGGAAAGGAGGUGGCGUAGGGAAGGAUGACAGAGGGCGACCGUCGGCUGUGGUGGCGGAUGUAGCUAGGGUCGCGAGGGCAGCAAGGGCGCUUGACGAAGGGGCGGGGCCGCUGGGACGACGUCGGUCAAGGCGGCGACGAUGUCGCUUGAGUGGAGGAGUAUCGACGGUGACUUUGGAGGAGGACGCGACGGCCAAGCCCAGCGGUGGUGGCUGGCGAUUGGCCAUGGUCAGGGCGCCAAGCGAAGGGCGCGCGAUCACAACGUCACCACAACCAGUCGGGCUGCGCGUCGCUGUUGCGCACGGCGAGGGCGACGCGGGCGACGACGAGGAAGACAAACAAGGCCGGGGCGGGGUCGUUGAGCG